AUGAAGAAAGCCGAUGAGAUUGCGACCUGUCCGUACAAUCCGGAGCACAAGGUUCUUCGAUCUAGAUUGUCCUAUCACAUAGUCAAGUGCCAAAAGACAUACAUAGGGGAGCCUAAGAAGACAUGUCCGUUCAAUGCUCUACACAUCAUCCCUGCCUCUUCAUUUGAGUUACAUUUGCAGGUGUGCCCUGACAAUGUGGGCCUCGAUAGGAACAUCUUUAUGAGUAAGUUUUAA